AUGGCAACCACCGCCCAAAUGCAGAGACCCUACCCUCCAAUCUAUCACACCCCUCAAUCCAAUUCCCCCGCGUCCGUAGGGUCCCAGUCGCAUGAUCAGCAUGGUCGCAACAUCUACACCCAGUCGCCACAGAUGCCACCCCAGAUGUACGGAUAUGCGCCAUACUCUCCUAUGAACCCCGGUCAGCCGCCGUAUGCGGCUCAUCCAUCCCCUCAAUCACACGCCAUUACCUCUCAAUCCAUGAUGAUGCCGCCUCAAACGAGCACUGCACAGAUGUCGCCUCACCAACCAUCACAUACACCAAAUACAGCCCUGUCCAGCCCAGCCAUGAAGAUGGAUUCGAAUCCCCAGCCAGCAUCCACCCAGCGAUCAGUGCUCAACCCAACCCUUCCAGCUCCCACCAACACAGGCAUGCCAGUAGGCGCACACCAAACUUCCCCCCUUGGAACCAGCUCAAGCGCAGCACCAGGUCCCAUUCCCGCCACAACCCCGCUCGUAGUCCGACAGGACAGCAAUGGAGUCCAGUGGAUAGCCUUUGAGUACUCCCGAGACCGCGUCAAGAUGGAAUACACGAUCCGCUGUGACGUGGAAUCCGUCGCGGUGGAGAACCUCAGCCAAGACUUCAAAGCGGAAAACUGCGUCUACCCCCGCGCAUGCUGCAACAAAGAUCAAUACCGCGGAAAUCGGCUCGUCUACGAGACAGAAUGCAAUGCUGUCGGGUGGGCAUUGGCUGAAUUGAACGCUGCCUUGAGAGGAAAGCGAGGCCUUAUUCAGCGGGCCGUGGAUAGUUGGCGAAAUAGCAACCAGGAUCCCAGGCUGCGCAGUCGUCGAGUUCGUCGUCAGCAUAAGAUGAAUCGUCGCCAGUCAGUUCAGCCUGGGACUCCACAUAUGACUUCUGGGCCUGGCCAAGGGAUUUCGGGUGCUACGCCUGGUCAGCGUGCUAGUGUUGGGCCUCUGAUGGGGCCGCCUCUGACGCAUCAUCAUGCUCAAGUGGAUGGUAGCCCUAAGAUCGAAGACAGCGGCACCACAGACUACAUCGGACAACGUUCUAUUGAUCCAAGCCGCCUGCCCGCACCACUGAGUGCAACCGAUAUCCGACCCGCUCAAGUCUUUCACGAUGCCCACACAAUCCCAUCAGCAAGCACAAGCCCCUCCAUGGCCCCCCUCCUGCGCGACACCAGCAUGGCCUCUCUAUCCCGCCACCCAACAAUCGCAACAUCCAGCCACUUCGCCUUCGACCUAGACGAACAAAGCCCCACAAACGAAGAGCUCUUCGGCCAGCUUCCAGACGGCAAACGCCGCACCUUCAUCCUAGUCGAAGAUCCCCAACGCGGCUCCCGUGUCCGCGUCAAAGUAGGCCUCGACAAAGUCAAGAUGGACGAAAUCCCCGAUUCCUACCGCAAGAACAACGCCGUUUACCCACGAACCUACUUCCCCACCCAAAUGAAAGACGCUCCUCUCCUCGUCGAUCCAAGCAAACGUUUCUUCGCUGAAGAUAUCGAUCACACCGACCCCGAAGACUCGACCAUCGGCCGUACUACAGUUCCCGCUCCAUCCCUGGAUGGUGAGCGCGGCAUCGAUGUACCUAAAAUUUCUCGUCGUCGCCACCGGAAAGAGGUCAUGCUGAAUGACCUAGCUUACCGAUUGAGUUGGAGCCAGAGCCGUGUUUUCGCUGGACGGAUGCUAUUUUUACAGCGAUCGCGUAAGUUUUUCACUCCUUCUUUACUCCUUACUCUUUACUUGGAGCUGGAAUUGGCAAUGGAAUCGGAUGGAAUACGAGAUUCUUACAUUCUUGCCGAUGCGGUGGAUGCUUAUCGGAAUAAGAUGCGUACUAGUAUGCUUGCUGCGGGUCAAGAGGCAUCGGAGAUUCCUAGGCAUUUCGAUACCCGACGUGGAAAACGUCGGUUCUUGGAACGGGUUCGUCAUAGGGAAGGUGAUGCGCCCUCUGCUGCGCAACGUAGUGCAGAGGAAGUGGAAGGUUGA